AUGUCGGUUAUCCAGCUCGACGAGCUUGUCGCAUACCAGCUGCGGACUAGCUACCUCAACGAAAUUGCAGAUGGCGUCGGCGAGCGACUCCUGACCAUUGACGAGGGCUUCGUCACCUCGGCCGCCUUCAAAGCCGCCGGUUGGCGCCCCAACUCGACCUACCACAAACGAACACACUCCCCGCCGAUCCCUACCGCCGUCGCGUCCGAAUACUUUCAGGCCCCACGACACCAAGGCCUGACCCUCGAAGAUGGCGAGUACGACGGCGCCGGUAUGCUGACGAGCGGAGGUGCUGACACGGUUGGUCCGGGUGUCGCAGCCACAAAGCGCAGGCGACGCAGGGAGCAGAUGGAAGAGGACGACAGCAGCGACCUCAGCGACGAGAGCGACGAUGAUACCGACCAUAGAGCGGCGCAGCAGAUCAAGUUCGCCAAGAUGCCGGUCCGGAACCGCUCAGGCUCGUCACCCACGCAGACACAGAAGCAGCCCCUUACGGCCCCGUCACCACGAUCGCGCAGGCGAGGAUCUCAGUCAGCGCUGGAUGCUGCCAAUGGCAAGGGGCGGAUGCGGCGCGACACAGUCACCAGCAGCGAGAUGUCGUCAGAGAAUGAGCUUGACGCAGUGCAGCGGCGCAGGGCAGACUCGAGAGCCGCGUUGAAGACCGUGAGACUGCAGGAGAGGAUUCAGGAGGAGGAACCUUCGCCUGGCAUCAAGCGGGCGGACACGCGACUGCUGCCCGAGGAGGAAGAGGAUGACUCGGAUGAGGGCUCAGAGCUGGACUACGUCGGGAGCAUAGACUCGGCCUCCAUCCUGGACCCUACAGAAAUGCCAAUUGCAGCGUCUCCCACGAGACAGGUAGUCGGGACACCUCCGAAACAUCUCAUGCGGCAAUCUACGAUACGGAAAUCAAAACCGCCGACCAGGCCUAUUGUCAUGUCCGCGCUGCCGCCGCCGAGACCGAUGAGCAUGAUCAGGCCGCUAAGCGUGGCCCCGCCAAGGAGUCUACUGUCGGCAGCGCUCAAGGCCAAGGAGCACAAGUCUAGUGUGCCCUUUCAGAAGUUUGCGCACUUUAGUGGCCAGGGGACCCAGAGCUCUAUCAAAGUGCGCAUCUAUCCUGCCUUCUCCGAGGAUCCCGAGACCGCGUUCGAGGUGCUCAUCCGACCGCGCGUGCACGAUGGGCAGAGUGCCGAGAGGCAAGUCACCGUGGCGGAUCUCAUCGGGCUGAGUCUAUACCGGUACAAUGAAGAAAGGCGCGCGCCUAGCCUGGCGCCAGGCAAGCUGAACAUCAACUGGUUUACGCUGCGCAUGGUCGAAGAGGGCGGAGAGGUGGACGACGACUUCCCGCCCUUUGAGCGGACGAAACCCCUAAUAUCCUUUACCACCGUGAACAAUGCGAAUGCCAGGGGCGGCGGCCGCAUGCGGUCUAAUUCGACAGCGUACGACGAAUUCGCUCUAGUCGUCGCCUCGAACGACGAGUUUGAGGAGAAUCAGGCGUUAACGCCCCAACAAGAGGAGGAAGAGCAAACAUCAUCACAAUCGGCGCCAGAGACGCCACAUGCCGAGGAUGCCAUACCCAACGACAUGACUGGCGUUGUGAACACGACGAAAGUGCUAGCACCCGCUCGACCUCGACACAACCCCAUCACAACUACCUUCCGCAUGAACACGAGCACGCCUCUUGCGGACGCGCCAGCUGUGCCGGCAGUCAUGAACAACGCCUCGCGUGGCCAGCAGAAGCUGCUUCGCAUCCACAUCAUGUCAUCCGACACGGCACCGGGGCAGAUGGUGACGGUCGACGUGACGACGGAGACAUACCUCGCCGAGGUGCUCGAGGCCGUCUGCCGCAAGCGACAGCUCGACAAGGGCAACCACGUGUUGAAGCUGCCAGGGUCCGGGGCGGUCGUUAUGAUCGAUCGCCCCGUGUCGUCCAUUGGCAACGUCUCCGACCUGGAGCUCUACCGACGCCGCUUCGCCACAGACGGGCCGCUCACCAUGACAGGCUCGCCAGGGAGCGCAUCGCCCAAGGCCCCGGGGGCCGAUGGCAUGUCGUACCAGGGCCGCAAGGUGAGGAAGGCGCAGCAGAUGCUGGGCCCGCACCCGCUGGCGCGCGAGAUCGCCAAGCAGGACGAGCUGGGCCAUGCCAACUACAAAAAGUACACUGUGUGGCGCAAGCAGCCGAUGCGCCUCGUGGGCAUGAGCGAGCGGAUCCUGGUGAUUGACGGCGAGUACAUUCACAUUGUGCCCUCGUCCGGGGGCAAGGCCUUGACGGACGGUGGGGGCAAGACGACAACGGUGCACUUUAGCAACGUCGUUGGGUGCAAGGUGCCGCGAAAACAUCCGACCAAUGUCAAGCUCGUAGUGUACAGGGCGACCGAGAGUAAGCGGUACGACUUUGAGACCAAGGGCGCAGACGAGGCAGAUGAGAUUGUGGGGGAGCUCAUGAAGGGCAUCUCGCCGUAUCGGGAUGUCUGA